AUGACGAAAUCAUCUGAGAUAAGUUUGGAGGAAGCUGCUGAAGCUGUAAAACUGAAUAAAAUACAUGAUGAAAAGUACUUUUCAGAUCUUGAUAAAAUGUCUAUGUGUGAAUUAUUUUGUAUGGGAAUCGAAUAUAAAGUAAAUUUCAAACCUACAGAAGUCAAACAACUUUGCGUCAAGCUAGCACGUCAUUUAUGUAAGUUAAAUCCAGCGAAUCCUUCGGAACUCAGUAAUUAUUGCAAUUAUAUGCAUUAUUGGUUAUUUGAGCAAAUAGGUAAAAUUUAUACUAUACAAUCUGCAAGAAUUGGUGAUGUACCUUUUUUUGACAAACUUAUGGAGGCAUGGAAUGACGUUAACCGUACAAAAUUAAGUAACAAAUGUAAGCUGGAAAAUAUAAAAGGUGUUAAUUUAAAUGAAUUAAAAAAUAGGACAUAUUCGUAUAUUUAUUUUAAAAAUCUUGGAAAUAUUAAAAAU